GAUUCGAAGGCUGGGAUCGAUCCAUCGCGGAACAAUCACUACUUCUUGAUCCCAAACUGGGGUCUUUACGAGGUCGUUGACUUACUUUGUCGUCGCCAAUCUAUUCGGGGUCGUGUCACACAUGUUUAUCAUCUGAGGAAGGUCGAUGACGCGAAAAAGAUAUUGGAUGAUCCACUCAGCAAUGUCAUAGACCUUACGAUAGAUAUUUCCACCGCUCGAUAUCCCACCUCCACUUCACGCCCGCGCACUGAAGGCAUCGUACCUUCUUCUAAUCGAACCUCUACCGUCUCAAGUAUUGGGAAACGAUCACGCGAACAUGCCGUUGAAACUGGAAGCAGCAAGCGCCACAAGUCAGGCUCUGCUCACCCAGCAAACAAGCAGAAUCAAGGCUCCGAGAAGCUUGAAUGGCAAGGAAUUGAUCGCAACGAUGAAUCCCAUCUUUUCCCAACUUACCAGCCUUCGCCCAUCCCUGAACUCGACCUCUGUCCUCCGCCGCCUUCCAUGAUCCUGAAAGAUUCAUGGCCUUUGGACGGCCAUGACGAGAUUGAAGUUUUUCGUUUCACUCAAGGAGAGAUGGGAAUACCUGAAGUUUACGCCCAGUACACAGUUGAACAUGGUAAAAAGGGGGCGUGGGUUGAGGAGGAGAUUAGAAAAAUAUUUCUUCUGGAAGAAAUAGAAUUCAUAUACAAGGGGUCAAAAGAUACACCAUCGAAGGGACCCAACAGUCAGGCGGAGAAGGAAACACAAUCUAAGAUGGAAGAUCAGGAGGAAGACGUGAAGAUGGAAAACAGAGUACAUAAGCGACUGAUAUUGAAAACGGAGUGCUGUAAGUUCCAGACGGCUGCGGGGCCGUACCAAUUCUUAGAAGGCAUGUUCCAUGGAAUGAUGGGCCACUAUAAUAUGUAUAAGGAUGGAUGGCUGCACCGCGAUGUCAGCGAUGGUAACGUUCUAUUGUUACCAGAGCCCGAAAUACGAAAGCCCCUGACACGGUUCGAAUGCACCAAGAACUUGACAAAAUGCGUGGGCGUGAUCUCUGACGGCGACCAGGCAAUCAGAUGGCGAGAGCUUGAUCGCAAGCUUGAGAAACAUCGUUCGGGAACACUCCCUUUCAUUUCUAGGCGGAUGCUGAACAUGUGGAAUAAAAAUCAACCCGUGCUUCAUACAUUUGCGGAUGACUUGGAAUCUUUCUUCUGGGUGAUAUUAUGCGUGUUGUUGAGCGUUGGCCACGAACGCAAAAGUUUAACGGAGGACGAGAGGUUGUGGCUUUUUGAAAUACUCGCUGCAGACGAUCCUGGCUCUAGCGACAAGACUAAAAGAUGGGCGCUAUCGAUGCUGGAGGCUUCAGUCCUGAGAACAAAACACAAACUUUCCCCUGUUUUGAAGGUUUUCGUACCCUUUUUCACAGACAUCAUACCGUUCAUGAACGAGGCUACGGAGGCUGCUGAUGAGCUCAAUUCAGACAACUUGGUUGAAUCUCUAA